AUCGCAAUUGUCUCCAUCUGAGGAGUGCGAAGUACAAAUACGAAUUAAAUAAACACUGCAAGAAAUUGUUUUUAAAAAUAGUUUUUUAAUGGAAUGUUCAAAUAAUCUAUCUUCUGCGGUGCUACACAUUUGACGACGGCGACUUUGUCAAUAAUAUCUGGAAACAAUAUUUUUUCCGACAAUGUUUUACGGCAAGUCUGGAGGAAACGAUAGGCAUGGUUUUGGUCGGAAUGAUCGACAUGACCAAAUGGUGAAGCAACAACAGUUAAUUGAGCAGAAAAAACGAGAAAUUCAAGCGCGAUUAGAUGCUGAGCGCAAGAAAGAGUUGCAAGAAUGUGAAGCAACUGCGGGGGAUACAGAUAAUGCAGAAGUUGACGUCAAGUCUCCUAGUUCGAUCGUCGCAGGUGCGAGUUCUUCUACUGCAUCAACUUCGCCAUCCUCACAAAGAUGCAAAAGAGAAGUGGAGGGGAAAAAACCUGCAGCCGUCCAGUUUAACUUUAAUAAUGAUGGAAGUUUCUUGGAGCAGUUUAAGAAGAUGCAAGAAGAAACUAUGAAAAAAAAGAAAGAAGAGGAAGCAGCAGCGUUAGCAGCAACGGGAGUCGAAAUAAAGGAAGAACCUUUGGAUUACGAUGAUUAUGGAAAUCCAGUGAAAAAUAAUCCCGCAAUUAAAAUACUGCGCCAAGAAAAUGUUGCUAGACAUAGUGGUGGUAGUAAUAACAAUAGUAACAGUAACAAUAGAAGAUAUGAUCCUGAUGCCUCCAUAGAACAAGAAUAUUAUAAUGCUCCACCACCUCCUCCUCCUCGCCCCGGGCAUCAUCAGCAUCACCACAACGUCAAACCAUAUUUCAAUCAAAGACCCAGCAACAUGGGCAUGGAUUAUCAUCAAUAUAACAAAGCAUCGCCGCCGCCACCACCUCCUCCUCCACCUCCUCUCCCAAUCCAUGUGACUGCUCCGAAACAGCUUGGAUUUCCUUCACCUCAAGUCAAAGCAUUGGCAGCAGUUGUCGCAGAGAAAGGAGACUAUAUUGAGGAUGAACAGCGAAUGAAACAACAUGAUCCGCUGAUGUGGUUCUUGAAUAAGCCUGAUUCGACGGAAUAUAAAACGUUUAGGGCUUUGGUGGCUGAAAUAAAGUCUGACAUUAUGACGCACAUGCGAUACAAUCAAGCCCCUCCACCACCACCACCGAUUGUGACUAAAGAAUUUUCAAUUAAACCUGAACCUGGUUUAAUUAAGGCAGAACCUUCAUUUUCUCCUUUGCCUGUCCAACCAUGCUUCAAUAAUUUCAUCAAAAUAGAGCCUUCUUCCGGGUCAUUACAACAAUCCAUACCAUCUCCGUAUUCUAACUUUGUUAAAUCAGAUCCAUGUACAACGCCACCACCACCACCAACAACAACAAAAGCAGCAUCUUAUGAUGCCUUUAAUUUCAUCAAAUCAGAGCAAUCAACAGUAGGCCCAACAUCAAGUUCGGCAUCGGCAGCGACUUCUUAUAGUAAUUUUGUUAAAUCUGAACCAGUUAGUUGCACAGGUGCAAUUAAACGUGAAGCGCCCAGUUCAGACAGUGAGGAAACGGAACAAGAACGAAAGGAACGUAAACGAAGAAGCCGCUGGGGACCUCAAUCUCAAGCUGACUUACCUCCCGCAGGCGUUGUAACAAUUCCAUUAGUUCCUGGGCUAUCACUGGUCCCCUAUGGAUCAGGAGAGUCUGCAGAAGAGAUUGGAAUGAAUUUGAUGAAUAUGCCGCUGUUACCUGUAUCUGCCAUGGGAGCUGGACCUGGAGCCUCCAUCUCAAAGAUAACUAGAACUAAUCCACAGCUUCUUGCAUAUGCUCGUCAAGCAUACGGAAGAAUUGAUUUGGACGACGAUGAAUGGAAACAAUGCAUUGAUGCAUACAAAAUGAACAUGGUUUUCCAAGACAUUGCCAGAAAGAAAGCAAACGAUGAAGAAUUAGCUCGAGCUGGAAAAUUCAAACAUGAAUACGAUAGCGAUGAGGAGACAGAAGGUGGAACAUGGGAGCACAAGGUUCGCAUGAAGGAAAUGGAGAAAACGAGAGAUUGGGCUCAAGAACUAACACAAAGUGCCCAUGGAAAACAUCAUAUUGGCGAUUUUCUUCCUCCAGAUGAACUAGCAAAAUUCAUGGAAAAGUACAAAGCAGUCAAAGAAGGCAAACAGCUUGAUGAGAGCGAGUACCAAGAGUACAAACUUCAGCAAGAUAAUAUCGGUUUCAAAAUGUUACAAAAGAUGGGGUGGUCCUCUGGCGAAGGGCUGGGCGCUGAGAACCAAGGCAUUCUUGCUCCAAUCGACAAGGGCAAAGUGCCAUCAGAUAAGAUGGGGUUAGGCGUAGAAAAACCUGGGGACUUGAAUGAAGAGGAUGACGAAUAUACUGCUUACAGAAAAAGGAUGAUGCUAGCUUACAGAUUUCGACCGAAUCCUUUGAACAAUCCCCGGCGAGCAUACUAUUAGCGUGUGGGAGAUUGAAGAGAGGAUGAAAAAAGACAUGAAUCAUAUACUUUGCAAUAAAAAUUUGUUCGCAUAUUAGGUAUUGUUAAAAUGUUAAUCCCUCUCUACUCUACCCCCUAUCUAUCUAUUUAGUACUUUUAAGAUACUGUUGCCACUUUUGUCGUUUUGUAUCUCACACAAUAAGCUAUUGGUUGAUAUUAUCAUUGUUUAAUAUAUUUAUUCAGUAUGAUAUUCAGAUGAAAUAAAAAUGCUUCACUUAUUGAGGGAGCCCUUAUAAGAAAGA